CGCAGGCGAGGCAGGUGGCCGCGGGGAGCUGAGCCGCCGGAAUGACGGCUGAACAGCGGCGGAAUUUGCACGCCUUCGGCGGCUAUGUCAGGAAGAUCCUGGAUCCUACCUACAUCCUGAGCUACAUGACUCCCUGGUUUAGGGACGAUGUGGUGCAGCAUAUUCAGGCCGAGAAAAACAACAAGGGGCCCAUGGAGGCUGCUUCACUUUUCCUCCAAAUCCUAUUGGAGCUCCAGGAGGAAGGCUGGUUCCGCGGCUUUCUGGAUGCCCUUCACCAAGCAGGUUAUUCUGGACUUUAUGAAGCCAUUGAAAGUUGGGAUUUCCAAAAAAUUGAAAAAUUGGAGGAGUAUAGAUUACUUUUAAAGCGUUUACAACCAGAAUUUAAAACCACAAUCAAUCCAGAAGAUAUCCUUCCUGAAAUAUCUGGAUGUUUAAUUAAUCAGGAAUGUGAAGAAAUUAUUCAGAUAAGUUCCAACAAGGGGCUGAUGGCAGGUGCAGAGAAAAUGGUUGAAUGCCUUCUCAGAUCAGACAAGGAGAACUGGCCCAAAACUUUGAAACUUGCAUUGGAGAAAGAAGAGAGCAAGUUCAGCGAACUGUGGAUGGUGGAGAAAGGUGCAGAAAAUAUUCAAAUGAAAGAUCUUGAGGAUGAUGAAAUGAAAACUUUGGACGUACAGAUUGUCUACAAAGAAGAACCAGAAAACCAGAAUCUUAGCCAGAAUUCCUGUCCUUCAGGAGUGCCUCCUACUUAUAGCCCAUUGAAACCAAGAAAUUACCAACUAGAGCUUGCUUUACCCGCUCAGAAGGGAAAGAACACAAUAAUAUGUGCUCCUACUGGUUGUGGAAAAACCUUUGUUUCACUUCUUAUAUGUGAACAUCAUCUUAAGAAAUUUCCACAAGGACGAAAGGGGAAAGUUGUCUUUUUUGCUGUUCAACUCCCAGUGUAUGAACAGCAGAAAUCUGUGUUCUCAAAACAUUUUGAAAGACUUGGGUACAAAGUUGCAGGCAUUUCUGGAGCGACAGCUGACAAUGUCUCUGUGGAACAGAUUAUUGAGAACAAUGACAUCAUCAUUUUAACACCACAGAUUCUUGUGAACAGCUUUAAAAAUGGGACUGUUCCAUCACUCUCCAUCUUUACUUUGAUGAUAUUUGAUGAAUGCCACAACACCAAUAAACACCAUCCAUAUAAUAUGAUCAUGUUUAAUUAUCUAGAUCAGAAACUGGGAGGAUCUUCAGACUCACUGCCCCAGGUCAUUGGGCUGACUGCCUCAGUUGGCGUUGGAGAUGCCAAAAAUACAGCCGAAGCCACAGAAUAUAUCUGCAAACUGUGUGCUUCUCUCGACACAUCAGUGGUAACAACUGUCAGAGACAACUUGGAGGAACUGGAGGAGGUUGUUUAUAAGCCCCAGAAGUUUUUCAGGAAAGUGGAAUCACGGACUACAGACAGAUUUAAAUGCAUCAUAUCUCAGCUGAUGGCAGAGACGGAGGCUCUGGCAAAGAGUAUCUUUGAAGAACUUGGGACCGUAACUCUUGGCAGAGCUCUCACGGCCGGCUGCUCAGCUGCCGUGCGCCCUGCUCACACCAUCUGCGCUGGGCUAAGUGCUCGGUGGUGGGAACGCAGCGUGGACCCUCAGACACAACCCCUGCCCUCGCGGCAUUUUCAGUUUGGCCAACAGCAGUGCCAGAGGCGAGCUGGUAGCAGCAGUAAGGCAGCAUGGGUGGGGCCGGGGAGUGGUGGGAGCGGUGGGGAUGGGGCUACUGCUACUUGUUGGGUAACUGCCUUUGUUUGUCUGAUUAAAGAUGAAUGGAAAUACAAUGAUGCCCUCAUUAUCAAUGAGGAUGCACGGGUGAAAGAUGCUCUGAAUUACUUGAAAAACUUCUUCAGAAAUGUCCGGGCAGCAGGAUUUGAUGCAAUUGAGCAAGAUCUCACUCAGAGAUUUGAAGAAAAGCUGUUGGAACUAGAAGAUAUUUCCAUGGAUCCCAGUAAUGAGAACCCUAAACUUGAAGAUCUCAGCUUCGUCUUGCAAGAGGAAUACCACUUAAACCCAGAGACCAGAACCAUCCUCUUUGCGAAAACCCGAGCGCUAGUGGAUGCCUUAAAGAACUGGAUUGAAGAACAUCCUAGGCUCAGCUUUCUAAAACCUGGCGUAUUGACUGGACGUGGCAGAACAAAUCAGACAAUGGGAAUGACCCUCCCAGCACAGAAGUGUGCAUUGGAUGCAUUCAGAACCAACAGAGACAGCAAGAUUCUAAUUGCUACCUCGGUUGCUGACGAAGGCAUUGACAUUGCUCAGUGCAAUCUGGUCAUCCUCUACGAGUAUGUGGGCAAUGUCAUCAAAAUGAUCCAAACCAGAGGCAGAGGAAGAGCAAGAGGGAGCAAGUGCUUCCUUCUGACUAGUAAUGCUGAUGUAAUCGAAAAAGAAAAAAUAAACAUCUGCAAAGAAAAAAUGAUGAAUGACUCCAUUUCAAGCCUGCAGAGCUGGAAUGAAGCAGUAUUUAAGGAAAAGAUUCUCCAGAUACAGAGUCAUGAAAAACUAAUCAGGGAUAAUCAAGGAAAAGUAAAACCUGUGCUUGAUAAGAAAAAUAAAAAACUGCUUUGCAGAAAGUGCAAAACCUUUGCAUGUUACACAGCUGAUAUAAGAGUGGUGGAGGAAUGCCAUUUCACUGUGGUUAAAGAUGCUUUCAGGGAGCGCUUCGUGACUAAGUUACAUCCCAGACCGAAGAAUUUUGGUAGUUUUGAGAAGAAAGCUAAGAUCUUCUGUGCCAGGAAGGACUGCCUCCACGACUGGGGAAUUCACGUGAGGUACAAGUCAUUCGAGAUUCCAGUUAUAAAGAUCGAAAGUUUUGUUGUGGAAGAUGUUGCGACUGGGGCUCAGACACUAUAUGCAAAGUGGAAGGACUUUAAUUUUGAGAAGAUUCCAUUUGAUGCUGCAGAAAUGUACAAUCACGCUCAAGACCUCAAUCCGCAGGGAAUAGAUGGCCUUGAAUGAAGAAGAAGUUAGACCUGUGGGUAUAUGAUGGGUCUCUUUAUACUAUGGUCAAGUUAUUUUUCCUAUGGCUUGUACGAUACUGAGUAUUUAUCACUCAACUUCUAUUUCAUUUUCAGCAGUUUAUACUGAUACUGUAUCAUGUCUGUCAAGCACAAGUGAGUGGAUUAGAGCACGCGAUUCUUUGUUGGCCGGGAGAGCUUGGGAAAAAUGAAUAAGCCUUAACUUGUUGCCAUCCUUCCUUUCAGAACCCACUGCACCCAUAGCCACUCAGUACACACUGGGAUCAAUGAAUGAGUGAAUGGAAUGUUGAAAGAUUUUCCAUACUUCCCUUUCUUUAACCCACUAUGCUGAAGCUGAAACUCCAAUACUUUGGCUACCUGAUGCGAAGAACUGACUCAUUGGAAAAGAUACUGAUGCUGGGAAAGAUUGAAGGUGGGAGGAGAAGGGGACGGCAGAGGAUGAGAUGGUUGGAUGGCAUUACCGACUCCAUGGACAUGAGUUUGCAUAAACCCUGGGAGUUGGUGAUGGACAGGGAGGCCUGGCGUGCUGCAGUCCAUGGGGUCGCAACGACUCAAACACAACUGAGCGACUGAACUGACUAACCUACUAUAAACUGACUUUUGCCCUUAACGAUCCACUGAAAUUACUUUUGUCAAGGUCAUCAGUGACUGGUUGUCAGAUCCAUUGGGCACUUCUUAAUCCUUCUGCUUGAUCUUUUAGCUGUUUUUGCCCUGUUGAAUACUUCUUUCUUGGAACUCCGUCUUGGCCACUAGCUCUUCUAACUCUUCCCCAGGCUUUUCUACGGGCUUCUUUUUCUGAACCCUCACAUGUCGGCAAUUCCAAAGGUUCAAUGUAUAUACACAUCCAUAGGCAUCAGAGUCACAUAUACUUGUAUUCUCUGUGUAGCAACGUGUGGCAUCUAUUAUUAAAAUUCUGCAGUGGACUUUU